AGAGAUGGAGGUUCUCUCGUUUGACUCGAACUUCAAGUCGAAUUUUUUUAGUCGAACUCGAAAUACAGGACGACUUUUUCUUUGGCAUCAUUUUUGAGAAGCUGAAGUUUUGCUGGUCUGAGCUGCUGACCUCUACGGUUCGACAUGGCUGACAGUGAUGACGAAUAUGACAGGAAGAGACGCGACAAAUUCAGAGGAGAGCGCACAGAAUCUUACCGAGGUGGAGAAGGUGGCCGCAGGACAACAAGCGGUGACGACAGAAGGCGGGAUGACUGGAUGGAAAGGGAUUCUUGGGGAAGCCGCAACAGACAGCGUCAAGAUUACCGCGAUUACAGAACUGGAAGCAGCCGUGACCGUUACAGCCCCCCUCGCCAACAUGAUAUUUCUCCGCCUAUGAAGAGAAUGCGCCCUGAAUGGAGAGGCGGAUAUGGUGGGGCACAUGAAGGAUAUGGUGGCGGCAAUUAUGGUUCUUCAUGGCAGCAGGGCUAUAGUAAUGCACAUGGUCCUUAUGGCAGUGGUGGAUCUGAAAGGGAUUCUCAGCAGCUGGAAACACAACCUCCAAUGCAAUCUUUCAAGCAAUUUCUUCAGACUCAAGAUGACAACAUUUCUGAUGAUGAAGCCAUCCGGAAGUACAAUGAGUACAAGCUGGAUUUCAAACGUCUGCAGUUGAAUGAAUUCUUUGUCACGCACAAAGAUGAGGAGUGGUUUAAGAUCAAAUACCAUCCUGAAGAAGCUAUCAAAAGGAAAGAGGAGCAAAUGGCAGCUUUAACAACUAGAGUCAAUGUUUUCAUGGAGUUUGUUGAAAAUGGAAGAUUGGAUAAACUUUCUGUUGACAAUGACCAGUCGGAGCAGCUGGUAAAUUUACUGGAUGCUGUUGUCAUUCGGUUGGAAGGAGGUACUGAGUUUGAUUUACAAGUUUUAGAGGAAACCAAAUCUUCAGGAUCUAGUUCAAAGGGAAAGGAACUGACUGAAACUGUUGAUAUAACUGAUGACAAGAAAAGUGACGAUGGGAAAGAUACCGGAGACAAAAAAGAUACUAAGAAACCUGCUGAUGAUACUAAGCCUCCUACGACUAAAGGGAAGAAACGAAAACGGGAAUAUGAUUCUGGAAAUGAUGAUGAUAGUGGCAGUGACAGUGGUGAGGAGGGACCUUCCUCGCCAAUUGCUGAAACAAGCAAAAACGGUGUUAAUGGGAAUGAAAAUGACGCUGAAAACACUGCAAGUCUGUCAGCAGACAAAAAAGAAGACAUUCUUCCUGAAGAUUUAGAAGAAGAGAAGAAGGUUGAAAUGAAGGAUGAGGAUGAAGAGAAAAUGGAUGUGGAUGCUGUUGAAAAUGACAACAAGAGUGAUCAAGCAGAACACCAGGACAAAGAAGAAAUUGAUGAAAAAGAGUCUGAUGAAGUCAAAUCUGAAACUCUUGAAGAGAAAGAAAAAGAAGACGGAGCAGACAAGUCUGAUGCUGAGCAAGGACCUGAGGAAGCUGGGGAUGAGAGUAAGAAGAGUGAGGAUGGGAAAGAUGGUAAGGAAUCAGAUGUCCCUGAACAAGAAGCCAAAAAGAAAGAGGAAAAACUGAAACCAAGGCCAUUGCAUCGCACAGCUUCCAUAUUUCUUCGCAAUCUUGCACCCACAAUAACCAAACAGGAAGUGGAAGCCAUGUGCAAACGUUACCCUGGAUUUUUAAGAGUUGCCAUUGCUGAUCCUCAGCCUGAUAGACGUUGGUUUAGAAGAGGCUGGGUUACUUUUGAAAGACAAGUGAAUAUUAAGGAAAUAUGUUGGAAUCUCAACAACAUAAGAUUGAGAGAUUGUGAAUUAGGUGCAAUCGUGAAUCGUGAUUUGAGCCGCAGGAUAAGAACUGUUUCUGGCAUCACUUCUCACAAACAAGUAGUACGUCAUGAUAUCAAACUGACUGCCAAAAUAGUGCACAAUUUAGAUGAAAAGGCUGGACUAUGGGUCAGUGAAAACGUUCCUGAUGCUACUGAUAACAAUGAAAACGAGAAGAAAGAAGAACCACAAGAACCGAAAGAAGUUGAAGCCCCCAAAGCUGAAAAGCCAACGGACAGUCAGUCAUUUGGGCUGCUGUCUAAAAACCCAGUGCUCAAAAACAUCACAGAUUACUUAAUAGAAGAAGCAUCUGCAGAGGAGGAAGAACUUCUAGGUCAGAGUACCGACCAGGAAGAAGGCCAGGUAGAAGAAGUUGCAACUGUAGAUCGAGAUGACCAGCUGACUAAGGUAUUGGAUAAGCUGCUUUUGUAUUUGCGUAUCGUGCAUUCAGUAGAUUACUACAAUCAUUGUGAAUAUCCUAAUGAAGAUGAAAUGCCCAACCGAUGUGGUAUUAUGCAUGCUCGCGGCACACCACCCUCAACCAAGGUUACCCAGCAAGAAAUUACUGAUUAUUGCAGAAUGUUUGAACAGAAGAUAGCAUCUUUCUUGCAACCAGCCUCAAAGAUUGCUGAUGAGGAAUACUCCAAACUUGGAGCCAAGGAAGCUGAUUCCGAGGUUGAGAAGUUUGUGCAGGCAAACACACAAGAACUUGCAAAGGACAAGUGGUUGUGUCCGCUUUCAGGUAAAAAGUUUAAAGGGCCGGAAUUCGUAAGAAAGCAUAUUUUCAACAAACAUGGUGAGAAAGUUGAGGAAGUAAAGAAAGAGGUUGAAUACUUCAACAACUACCUUAAAGAUCCAAAACGGCCUCAGUUACCAGAACAUCCAUCAAAUCGUCCUGAUCGGAAAGGUGCAGGUGAAGGAUCAAGGGAUAAUUUUGCACACCCUCCUGCCCCAUAUCAGCAACAGUAUCCAAUGAACUAUAAUGCCCCACGCCAUGGCAACUUCCACUAUGGUGGAGGCAGUGGUGGAGGAGGAAGUGGCGGUGGCAGCUAUGGAGGUGGUGGCUAUGGUCAUGGAGGAGGCUACAACUCAUACUCACGAGGAAAUCGUGGCGGCUACAACAGAGGAAGGGGUGGUGGCAGUGAUUACAGGCCUGUUAUUCACUACCGAGAUUUGGAUGCUCCAAGGGAACCGGACGAAUUCAUCUAAUCAACAAGGUACUUUUGGGUCUUCAAGCUCAAGGACAAAGGUCAUUUGCCUGCUCAUGAUUCUGUGCUCAUUUAAAGAUAAAUUUAUUUCGUGUAUAGCCAUUAUUUGACUUAGUAGAUCAUUUUAAUUAAAUCAUCCUUCGACAGGUUUGUGUUUUAGAUUUCAAUUAAGAUUUACGUAUGAAAUGACAUUCAUAUUGUAACUUUCUUACGAGCAAUAAAUGUUUGUAUCAUAAA